UAUACACACCCUGACUGAACGCAGACAUAUCCACAGCACUGUGUGCCCGACCUUCCUUCCUAGAAGUCUACUACUAGAAGCCAUGGCAGCUGACCCACAGCAAGCUCCAGAGCAGAGCACCACCCCCGCACCCCAAAAAAGUCUAAUGCAUUGCCCCAUUUCUCAGGGAAAUAGGGAAGAAUUCCGUAAAGUUUUUAAGGAAUGUAAAGAGGAAAGUUUCUGGUAUAGAGCUCUGCCUCUGUCUGUUACAAGCAUGAUAGCCACGCAAGCCCUCAUUUUCCAAGGAUAUCUGUCAAAAAACAUACGGUUUGGUUCCUUGCCGAAGCUUGCAUUGGCUGGUUUUCUCGGAUUCGCCGUCGGAAAGAUAUCCUAUUUUGGAACAUGCCAGAAAAAGUUUGAGAAACUGGGAGUGCAGAACCCCUUUGAAGCUGCAUUUGCCCCUGGUAUGGCUGGUGGAUUUGAUCCAGGAUUUUUCCCAAACCAUAACAAGCAUUGUCAUCAUGUCUGUGAGGAAUGCAAAAAGAAAUGUGCCAAGGACAAGGAGCAGAGUGCCCAACCCGCCACUAAUUCCUCCUGAGCUUGUGUUACCGCUGUGAUUAUAAAAGCACCGCUUGGCCUAAAUAUCUAAUUUCCUCUUACUUGUUUAUAAUAAAACAAUUUUUUUUUUU